AUGCCAGCUUUACGAAAGGACGGUUUUGAGGAUGCUGUUGUACCGGCAUUGGAAGCAUUACUUUCGGAUCUCCAGCAUACAACGGAGGUGCUGAAACGGGCCAAGUUGAGCGAUCGUAAUCCACCAUCUGAUGCACAUGAUCUGGAGCCCGUUUACCAAGAGCAGACAAGGAGUUAUAGCAGUUCGAGACAUGGCCUGGAAAGUAUUGAAUUGAUGCUGGACGAUUAUUCUCAGAAGAGAAUGAGUCCUCGAGGUUUUUUUUGA